UUGUGACACGGCCUAAAAGCCCGACUAAAUAUUUAAGUAGUUGAAUGGGAGGCAGCAUGUAGUCCUAUGGAAAAAAAAAAAAAAUCGGGCCGCCGACGUCGCCCAAUGAAUGAAUGGAUGUCAUUACUUAUCUUGUUCCAACUAGUCCCUGAGGGACGUUACAGAAUCCAAGAGAAUUAUGUAAAAAACAGCGUAGCUUUUGUUGCCAGAACCAAGAACAACGCACCAAGAAGACGAGUUGCAAUAUUCUGA